AUCCGCAACGGAUUGAUGUCCAGCUCAGCCAAUAGAAAUACAAAUCCCCGCCCCUGCUGGCUCGGAUUGGUUCUCGUUCCGGGCGCGAGGCGGGACUUGCGCUCAAAUCGGCGGCGCAUGGAGGCUGUGCUGGGACAGGUGGCGGAGCUGCCCGCGCUGUUCGCCGUGUCCCGUUCCGCCCAGGUGCGGGACUGGGAGCCCCCGACCCUGGACAGGGCUCUGGAUUGGGCACGCUACUUCCAGCACCUCCACGACCGCUUCCGUGGCCGGCCCCGGCUCCGGGACGCUCUGGAGCGGCGGUUGCGGCGGGGCGGGACGGACAGCCCGCUCUCCUUCCGCCACCUGGGCGGCUGCUCGGAGCUGCUGGGCCUGGCGCUGCUGGAGAACCGCGCUCUGCAGCCCGCCGCCUGCCGCCGCCUCCUGCAGCGCUUCCUGCAGGGGCAGGCUGGCCCCGACCCGGGCCGCCUGGUUCUGCUGGCCCGCAGGAAGGCCGCCUCCCGCCUUCUGGAGAGCUGCGCGCUGUCCCCUACCGAGCCGGGCCCGCGGGUGUGCGUGGAAGCGAGGCUGCUGCUGUGCCGGCUGAGGGAGGACGGGCGGGAGGCUGGGCCGGCCCUGUGUUGGCUCGGACCCGUCCUGGAGCAGCUCUCCCAGCCUCGGGCUUUUGCUGUGGUGGCGGAAGCGCUGCUGCAGGGGGAUGGGGACAGCCCGGCUGGGGGGCAAGGGGGUGGAGCAGAAGCUGGAAGCGUUGCCGACCCCCUGCUUUCCUGGCUGCUGGAGGAUCCGCACCGGUUUUCUGCCUGCUGUCUGCUCCUCCCGGGCACUCUUCUCGCCUCGCUAGCCGAUCGCUAUGCCCGGUUAAGCAGGCGUUAUUUGGAUCUUUUAGCCGAGUGGGGAAGUCAGUUGCUGUAUGACUCGCUGCGGGGACGGUGGGUUAAAAGUCGUCCUGAUGAGGCUAAAUUGUGCUGGGAGGAGCUGAGGGAGCGUUUUGGCUGCCUCUGUCAGGGAUCUGUGCAACUCAGGGAGCAAACCCAAGCAGCUCUGAAGCUACUGAAGGCCCGAGAUGGAGACUUUCAAAUCCGUGGCCUAAGUGUGUGGACUGACUUGUUGCUGGAACUGGAGAAAGACUUGAGGAAGAAGCAGAGCCCAAAUGUGUGAACACCAAAGCAGCACAAAACCUUAUGAAAUCUAGCAAAUCUGACUGUUUGAUAUUUAUUUGAAGGGUGAGAAAACUGUACCCUGCUUUAGGUUGAAAACCAAGCUCUGAUAGGACUGCUGAUCACACUGUUUCUGAUUGCACAUGAACUCUCGGGAGGGCCUGUUACUUCCUUGCAUCUGUACUAUUGAGUCUCUUGGUGACUGGCAAUAAAUGUCUUCCUUUACAGUGCUUACUACUCAGCUAACAAAACAGAGAACGUGUUUUUGGUUGGUUUUUUUUUUUAAUUUUUUUUUUAAUAAGCUUUUGUUUUUUUAUUGGCUAUGAAUAACAGAUGAGAUAUGGUCACGGUACUUCUGUUUUUUAUUAUUUUCUGUUUUUUAUUAUUCAAAGGGAACGAUGGAGAUUCAAACCUGAAAAUCCCAAAUGCAGGGUUGAUUUAGUAGUGAUUACCUUCAUUAGGCUGUCUUUUCUGUUGACUUGUUCUGAUCUUGUCUGUGAAUUAGCCUCUAGGCCUAAAGUGAAGGUGGGGAAAAGAAAAAACUUGAAAGCUUACUGAAAAGUUCUAAAACUUGAAGGCUUUAUUAGUUACCAUGUUACAUACUAAUAUGCAAAUAUUAAAUACAUUAAAUUUAAAUGUUUAUUAAAACAGCAGUAAGAUGUAGGAUAUUCUGCUGUGUUUUUCUUCCUUUUCCCAUGAUCUGUUACAUUAAAUGCAUUCAUUUUGUGAAACAAUAGUGAGUGGUAUAACAAACUUUUUAAAUAAAGUCCGAGGAUUAUCUUU